AUCGUGUCUCUCCGAAAGAGCCUCUGUGCCCCCUGUUUGCCACGCUAUCCCUCGGAGUAAAACUCGGGCUGGAACGAAAGACGAGAACUAUCCACUUACAGUUGGAGAGACACCCGAUAUCAGUCGCAUGGUAAGCGAGUAACAUGAUCAGCUAAGCCCAAACGAGGCGGAGUGACUAACUGAUGGAGUUCUUUGGGUGAAGAAAUAAACGAUGUCUUCCUGUGAAGCCGCGAGUGACGCUAAUAUUGAAAAUGUGAUCCAGUCGAACUGCUACGAGUCGUCCGCUGGAGGUCCUGCGCGCAUUCGCCUACUGCCUCUGACCACCUCGGGGACCGUGGAGAUGCUCGUGGGGCGGCAGCAGUUGUCCCCAGUGGAGCGUGAUGUUACCGCCGUGGACUCCGCCUCGGCUCGCACUGACUUUACCGCAAGUGCGACUGUUGCCGCCAACUCGCUGGCUUUUUCCCCGGAGCAAGUUGCGUGCGUCUGCGAGGCGCUGCAGCAGGGAGGCAACGUGGAGCGGCUGGCCCGGUUCCUGUGGUCUCUCCCGCAGAGCGACUUACUGCGCGGUAACGAAAGCAUCCUCAGAGCGCAGGCAACGGUCGCGUUCCACCAGUCGCGCUACCAGGAGCUCUACAGCAUACUGGAGAACCACAACUUCAAUCCAGCAUUCCAUUCCGCCCUCCAGGACCUUUGGUACAAAGCUCGGUAUACAGAGGCUGAGAAGGCUCGAGGCAGACCACUGGGCGCCGUGGAUAAGUACCGCUUGCGAAGGAAGUAUCCCCUGCCUCGGACCAUCUGGGACGGCGAGGAAACCGUCUACUGCUUUAAGGAGCGUUCCAGGAACGCGCUGAAGGACAUGUACAGGCAGAACCGGUAUCCGUCCCCGGCCGAGAAGAGAAAUUUGGCUAAAAUAACCGGACUGUCCCUGACUCAGGUCAGCAACUGGUUCAAAAACCGGCGACAGAGAGACAGAAAUCCGUCCGAGGCGCAAUCGAAAAGUGAGUCAGACGGCAACCACAGUACUGAAGAUGAGAGCAGCAAGGGUCAUGAGGAUCUGUCUCCAUGCCCACUAUCAAGUCCUGCACAUGGGACACUGACUCAGGGGUCUCAGCCGCUCUCCUCUGGAUCUCUGGAGACAGAAGUUAUCCAGGCAGUUGGUGAGAGUAAAAACCCAGGCUCCUCUACACACCUCACGUUCAAUGGGAGCUUGGAGCUCUCCGCCAACAGGUCGUGUCCACCAUCAACCACCUUCCACAAUGGCACCUCUACCUACCUACCCUCCCCAGGAAACAUCCUCUUCAACGGACUGAGCCUCGGACUCCAACCACAGGAUUACAGGCCUGGUCCAGGGGUCCUGAUCAGUGGAGGUGAAGUGAGUGAUUUCAUACAAAAAGGGCCAGAUGGGAAAGCUGAGGGACUAAAUUCAGGCUCAGUGACCCAGAACGGUGCCUCGACCUCAGGCAUGGCCUACAACUCAGCCCCUUCCUCAGAGAAGCUUCAGGCAGGAAGUUACCGCCUGGUGUCUGGGGCAAGCGGAAGGGAGGAUGAGACCUCGGUGCUUAGCAGUCCUCUUUGCCUUCCUCACCUUAAGUUGUCAUCAUCUUCCUCACCUGCAAUACAAGUUCCCACUGCGCUGGUUAGCGUAGCCGUUAGCUCCUGCACUGCAGACUCCCUGUGCUCAGACCAGGACCAGGUGAGCCUGGCCCCUCUGCAGCCCAGUAUGGUGCACUACAGCCUGGACAACAUUCCCACACUGACUCCCAUCAAGCAGGAGUCCCUGGAGGUGGCAAGACAGCGUGCAAGCGAGGUGGAUUACUCUUGCCACCCCGCACUUCAUCCAAGUCAGGUCCCGCACCCUGGCUACGCUCACAAACCCUCACACCCUGAAAAUGGCUCGCUCCCCAACACGCCCGCGUCACUGGCCACCACCGUGCCGACGUACACAACUCUCGCCAUCAGCGCAUCCCUUCUUGGCCAAACGAUAGCGCCGGAGGUCAGGGGUCACAACCCCCAUGUGACCCCAGGCCAAAACAGGGACUUCCUGUGUGCUGGGUCAGAGGAGAGGAAGGUGAGGUCUGGAAUGAGGGAGGUAAUGACAGGGCUAUGUGUACAAGUGGAGGAAAAAGACCUGGUGAAACUGCAGUCUGUCCGCAUGGACGAGGACAUGACAAAACUCUGAACUGUGUCCAGGCUUCCGAUCAAAUGAUGUGUGUUUUAGACUUUAAGAGAUUAUGGGACAUCAUUUUGAUUUGUCUCAGUUUUUUAGUUUUUGAAUGGCUUGUUUAAGCAUUAUGUGCUAAAUUAUGUUUAUUUACAUGUUUGUUAAUGUACAGAAAAGGUUUGGUUCUAAAUUCUGCACUUCCAAGCAUGCAAAAAUGGGAACUGGUAUGUUGUAAAAUGAGGAUUUAAUGGCAAUCUUCAAGAGAAAGUGUGCAUGUGUUUUAGGAGUGUGUGUGUGUGUGUGUGUGUGUGUGUGUGUGUGUGUGUGUGUGUGGAUUCU